AUGGACAACAUUGACCCGAAUCUCACUCUUCACUAUGAUGCCCCUGCGGCCUCGUGGUCGGAGGCCCUGCCAGUCGGCAACGGCCGGUUGGGCGGCAUGGUAUAUGGGCGAACGUCGACCGAGCUCCUUCAGCUGAACGAAGACUCGGUCUGGUACGGCGGGCCUCAGGACAGGACCCCCCGAGAUGCGCGCCGCCACCUCGACACCCUGCGCCAGCUGAUCCGAGAUGAGGAGCACGCCGCCGCCGAGGCCCUCGUGCGCGAAGCCUUCUUCGCCACACCCGCGAGUAUGCGGCACAGUGAGCCACUCGGGAACUGCACACUCGAAUUCGGCCAUGAGGCGCAGGACGUGACUGGCUACCGUCGGUCCCUUGACCUGGCCACUGCUCAAGCAACAGUCGAGUACCAGUGUAGAGGCGUCUCCUACCGACGGGAAACCAUUGCAAGUUUUCCCGACAAUGUCGUCGCCCUGCGCUUCUCUGCGUCGGAGCCUACAAGGUUCGUCGUUAGGCUCAACAGGGUUAGCGAGAUUGAGUGGGAGACAAACGAAUUUCUGGACAGCAUACAGGCCGCCAACGGGCGCAUUGUCCUCAAUGCCACCCCUGGUGGCAAGAACAGCAAUCCACUCUCGCUCGUCCUGGGCAUAUCGUGCGACGCCAGUGAUGAUGGAGGAUCAAUCGAAGCCAUUGGCAACGCCCUCGUGGUGAAGGCUUUCAGUUGCACUCUAGUCAUUGCUGCUCACACGGCAUUUCGAAAUGCUGACCCCGAAGCUGCUGCGCGCCAAGAUGUUGACAAUGCUCUGAAGCGGAGCUGGCAUGAACUCGUGCUGCGCCAGCGGACUGACUAUGCCAGCCUCUUCCAACGGUCGAGUCUCCGCAUGUGGCCCGCUGCGCAUGACCUGCCGACGAAUGAACGAAUCGAAAAGAAUCGGGAUCCGGGACUUGUCGCUCUGUACUACAACUAUGGGCGAUAUCUCCUCAUCUCAUCCAGCAGAGAUUCGGACAAGGCGUUGCCAGCGACCUUGCAGGGCAUCUGGAACCCAUCGUUUGCACCACCCUGGGGCUGCAAGUAUACGAUCAACAUUAACCUGCAGAUGAAUUACUGGCUGGCAGCGCCCGGCAACCUUGUCGAGUGCGCGCUGCCCAUGCUGGGUCUGGUCGAGAGAAUGGCCGUCAGAGGCGCCAAGACGGCGAGGAUAAUGUACGACUGCGGCGGAUGGUGUGCGCAUCACAACACCGAUAUCUGGGCAGACACCGACCCGCAGGACCGCUGGAUGCCCUCCACCAUCUGGCCCCUCGGAGGCGUCUGGCUCUGCAUCGACGUGUUGGAGAUGUUGCUGUAUCACUAUGACCGGAAAUUACACGAACGAGCGGCGGUUCUGCUGGAAGGUUGCAUCGUCUUCCUGUUAGACUUCUUGAUCCCGUCAGCUUGCAGGACGUUUCUUGUGACCAAUCCGUCGCUCUCGCCAGAAAACACAUUUGUAUCCAAGUCGGGUGACACAGGCAUACUCUGCGAGGGUUCAGCCAUUGACACGACCAUUGUCCGUAUUGCUUUUGAGAAAUUUCUUUGGAGCACUGCCAUUCUUGAAAAGGGCAAUCCACUUGUGCCCAAGGUCCGAGAUGCCAUGGCCAGGCUGCCUGAUCUGACGAUCAACAACGACGGUCUCAUUCAAGAAUGGGGUCUCAAGGACUACAAGGAGCACGAGCCAGGUCAUCGACAUGUCUCUCAUCUCUUCGGACUUUACCCAGGCGAGAGCAUCAGCCCCGUCACUUCACCGAAGCUCGCAGCUGCGGCGAAGAACGUCCUCGAUAGGAGAGCGGCGCACGGUGGCGGUCACACCGGCUGGAGCAGGGCCUGGCUGCUGAACCUGCAUGCUCGAUUGCACGACGCCGACGGAUGUGGCAUUCAUAUGGACAACUUGUUGAAGAGUUCCACGUUGCCUAACAUGCUGGACAACCAUCCCCCGUUUCAGAUUGAUGGAAACUUUGGCGGAGCGGCGGGCAUUUUGGAGUGUAUAGUGCAAUCGCGGAUCGUCUGGGGAGCAUCACGGCCGGACUGCAUAGAGAUACGCUUGCUGCCGGCCUGCCCAGAUGCGUGGUCGGCUGGCGAGCUGAGGGGCGUGCGGGUCAAAGGCGGGUGGUUGGUGAGUCUGGCCUGGAAAGAUGGUCGAAUCGAGGAGCCUAUUGAGCUCGAGGCAACCGACCUAGAAUGCCCUGAAGUUCGUGUCUUCUUCCCUGGUGGUUCAGCAGUUGUGGUGCGGGCUAGCGGGCCAGGAAAACAAAGUGUACGACAGCCAUGA